AGCUCCCCGGGCCGUUGGGAAGCGGGGCCAGCGCGCAGGGAUGAUGGGCGCCCGGGUGACGCGCGUGUUUAAGCUCUUUAACCUGGAGAGCCGAGCCCACCGCGAGAUCGGCAAGGCGAAGCCGGCGGCAGCCCCGCGACACCCCGGCGCAGCUUCCCAGCCCGACCCUGAUCAAUUCCAAGAAGAAAUUAAGAAGAAAGAUGAACAUCUUCAUACAUUAUUAAAAGAUGUUUAUGUUGAUUCCAGAGAUCCACCUGUGAAUGUAAUAAACAAUGAAAGAAGUCUCCCAUCUAAAACAGAGGAGCGCCGACUUACAAAAGCUGGCCAGCUUGGUCACCUAGAUGUUAAGACUAUUCCCAAAGGCAAAAUCUCAGUAAUUGAGGCUUUGGCCCUUCUCAAUAAUCAUAAUCGUUCUCCAAAUAAAUGGACUGCAGAGACCAUAGCAAAGGAAUAUAGUCUAGAACUGAAGGAUGUGACUGCCCUCUUAACAUAUUUCAUUCCUUUUUCUGUGGAGAUCUUUCCUCCUCAAGACAAGAAAGCCUUACAAUCUAGAUAAAAAUGUCUGCCAAAUCUUGAUGGAUGGAUAUCUUUAUUCUAUUUCCCCUUUCUCCUACCUAAAAACUGAAAAUGUGUCUUAUUUAAGUGGUAUCUGCAGCCUCUGGUCACUGUCAUAACCCAUCCUUCACAUGACACUGUGACAUAAGGGACAAACCUUAGCAAAAUUGGUGAAGAGGCCCAAGCUAUUAUAAAAAUGUCAGCUGUCUGAAGAACAAUUUCUUACAAAACAGUUGUGUAUUAAACAGACCUUAAACAAACAAAAAAUCAUUAUCUUUUUGUGUGCUGCACACAAGAACAUCAUUCUGUAAACAGUUACAAUUAAAGCAAA